AUGCAAGCUCCAGCCGGCAGCAGCCCGGAGCCCCAGGUCGGUUCCUGCAACUCGAGUGUAACCUCCAGCUCGCUUCCGGCAGCGAACGCCACCAGCCUCUCCAACCUGACCGACCGGUUCGGCAGGAACGAGUCGCUAGCCCGCACCGAGAUCUCGGUGCUGGGGGUCAUCUUCGUGCUGGCGGUGCUGGGGAACGUGUUGGUGCUGUUAGCUCUGUGCAAGAGCCGCAGGAAGACCUCCAAGAUGCACCUCUUCAUCAAACACCUGAGCCUGACAGACUUGACGGUGGCUGUCUUUCAGGUCCUGCCCCAAUUCAUCUGGGACAUCACCUACCGCUUCCAGGGCCCUGACCUCCUUUGUCGCCUGGUAAAGCACCUGCAGAUUUUUGGCAUGUUCGCCUCCACCUACAUGAUGGUCAUAAUGUCGGUGGACCGCUACAUUGCCAUCUGCCACCCCUUGAAAACCCUGCAGCAGAGGUCCUACCUGAUGAUCAUUGGCACCUGGGUGGGCAGUUUCAUCGUUAGCUGCCCUCAGUCCUUCAUCUUCUCCCUGCGGGAGAUCGAGGAGGGCUCCGGGGUCUACGACUGCUGGGCCAGCUUCAUCUUCCCCUGGGGCAUCCAGGCGUACAUCACCUGGAUCGCGCUGGGGGUCUUCGCUGCGCCAGUGCUUAUCGUGCUGGUGUGUUACACCUGCAUCUGCUACAGCAUCUUCAAGAACGUCAAGUAUAAGACCAAGGUUCCGUCCCACACCUCCUUCAGGAACGGCCUCAUCACCUCCGGGGUCAGCAAUGUCAACACCAUCUCCAAAGCCAAGAUGCGAACGGUGAAGAUGACCCUGGUGAUUGUCCUCGCUUAUAUUGUGUGCUGGGCCCCCUUCUUCACCGUCCAGCUGUGGUCUGUCUGGGACAAGAGCGCUCCCAAGGACGAUUCUACAGACACUGCAUUUACCCUCACCAUGCUGCUUGGAAGUCUGAACAGCUGCUGCAACCCAUGGAUCUACAUGUUCUUCAGUGGCCACCUCCUGAGCGAUAUCAUCCAUGUUUUUCCCUGUUGCCACAAAAUUACCCGAAAGCUGAAGAAGGAAGAUUCAGAAACCAGCAUUAAGAGGCACACUCUGCUGACAAAGAUCAUCAAAAAAUUGUAAUCUGCCCGUCCACCACCACACAGUCCUUGGAAACUAUGUAAAUAAGUCAAGAAGUACAAGUGCGAUUGAAAAGUCUUGAAUGAAGUAUGUUUAAUGUUUUAUUCUAAAGUGCAAAUCUGCAAAGUAAUCGCCCCAUUAAAGUGUUUGUUUUUCAAGAAUCCUCUUAUUAGCCCUACCCUUCGCCCCCAACCCACCUCCCCAUGCUUCCCUCUGUGGGAAAAUAUGUGUCGAAUAAUUUUGUAAUUCGUUCUUUAAGCUGCCUUUAAC